AUGGAUUGGAAGCCGAAAGCCGGCGCGGGCCUUGUCCCUCGGGAGUCGCAGCUUGCGGUCUUGGCAUUCUGGAAAUUUCUCGCCGCAAAAGCCCCGAUCUUCUUCCCCCGGACAACUCUUCCUUUCUCCAUCCCACGCUCAUCCCCAACUUCUUGGCUUCAAGACUCCAUCACCUUCACAAUGUCUGUCCUCCGCAACAUCAAGAGCCUCGCUCCCCUCCUCGACCGCGUCCUGGUCCAGCGCAUCAAGCCCGAGGCCAAGACCGCCUCUGGCAUCUUCCUCCCCGAGAGCAGCGUCAAGGAGCAGAACGAGGCUAAGGUUCUCGCCGUUGGCCCCGGUCUCCUGACCAAGGACGGCAACCGCAUCCCCAUGGGUGUCACCGCCGGUGACAAGGUCCUGAUUCCUCAGUUCGGUGGCAGCCCCAUCAAGGUCGGCGAGGAUGAGUACCACCUGUUCCGGGACUCUGAGAUCCUGGCCAAGAUCAACGAGUAA